UAAAAUAAUAAAAUAAAAUAAAUAUAUUCAGGAUAGAAAUGUACAGUAUGUAAAAUAUAUACAAAGACAAAGACAUUGUUUAUUGCACGACCUGUUGUCGGAAAGGUGGCUAACCAGAUUAAAUGAGGCUAUUUGUUAGCAUUGAUUAGGGCUAUUGCCCUGUUGUAAAAGCUGUCCCUGAGUCUGUUUGUUCGUGCUCUCAGUGCCCUGAAUCUCUUGCCAGAGGGCAGCAGCUUAAACACCCAGUGUCCUGGGUGUGUGCAGUCCCUCAAGAUGCUGCGUGCCCUCUUGAGACAGCGGGUGUUGUAGAGGUCCUUCAGGGAGGGAAGGGGAUGGUGAAUGAUUUUCUGGGCGGUGUUAAUGACCCUUUGUAGUGCCUUCUUGCAGCUUGAGAACCACACAGAGAUGCAAUAUGUCAGCACACUUUCAAUGGAGCAGCGGUAGAAGACGGUCAGCAGCUCCCUCUUCAGAUUGGUUCAUUGUGAAGUAAUUACAUGUUUUAUUCCAGUUCCAGGUGUUAGUUGUUGGAGGCAGUCUUGUAAGAAGAACCUUCUGUUUAAUCCCUCCAGCGCAAAUGAUGGAAAAUGUAGACUCACUUACCUAUUGCCAGGAAGCUGACCAAUGGAAACCAAAACCUUGGAGUGAAGAACAAUUGUUGUUGUUUUAUGACUAUGAGGUUCAGAGCUCCACUGCUGGCUCAGUGGGCUGCUGCAGCUUCCUGGAGUCUGACAGUGAUCUGCAGUUCCUCGAUGACCUUGGACCAAAGUUUAAGACACUGGCUGAAAUGUGCAGUGGCAAAACAAUCCCAUCUGAAGUCAAAAAAGUUUUCACUCCUCUGCCCACUGCCUCCAUCAACACUCAGACCUCAGUAUCAAGUUUGGUGACUGUCCCACAAGUGCAAUCUCCAGCUAAGCUUCAGUCGACUGUCCCCACAGUGGAGCAGACUGUGGUCAGGGAGACAUCUGAGCGUUCUCAAAUGGUGAAGGAAAGCACAGCCACAGUGAGGGGGAAAUCACAGCCAAAUCCUCCUGCUGCAGCAGCAGCAGCCUGUGUACUACACCACCACCCCUGUGCUGAAGUCAAUGCACUACGUAGUCCAGCCACAGGUUCAGAACACCAUGCUGUUGGCUGAGGCACCGGCCAUCAACCUGCAGAGUAUGGCACUGGUUAGUGGGACCCAGACUGGACCUGCUCAAGGUGCGGUCAUUCAAGGGCAGAUAGUGAUGUUGAGAGGCAGGCAACCCCAGGGCCCCAACAUGGUGCUGGUGGAGAGGAACGGGGUCCCUGCUGGGACUGUUAAAGUGCUGAAAGCCAGACCUGUCUUGUGCACUGAGGUAACCUACAGCCAGGAGGGCUUGUGGGACCUCAGAGAGUCCUGGUGGUUGGAGGGCCAACAAGCAGUGGAGGGCAGCAGGUCCAGGAGGUCUGUCCAAGAGGAGUAACACCCCUGGUUCUUAAAGAAUCCUCUCCAGCAAGGGCAGCACAUCCACUGGAUCACAAAGCAGUGUGGUGGGUUCCUCUAAAACCAUGGUGAGUGCAAUGCCCACCUACCACAAGGUGAUGGUGCAGGAGGUCAGAGCUGCUGAGACUGAGCAGUGGUGGAAUACAACUAAGAACAUCUUCUCACUGGGUACAAUUCAUUCAGAGUCAUUUUAUGGUGUUUUACAAUCACUCAUUACUCACUCAUCAAUUAAUAUCAUUCAUUGUUACAGAUUAUGUACACACUGUAUAUAUAUAUAUAUAUAUCAUAUAUAUCAUAUAUUCUUACCAACGUUCAUAUUGAUUUGUUUAUAAGUGGUGAUGCACCAACAUAAUAUGCCCAGUUAGAAUUUGCAACAGCAACCUGUUGUUAUUCACUCUUAUUAGAGAAUAGAACAGUGCUGCAAUUUAUGUACUUUUAAGUACUUUUUGGAUCAAUAUAAUCAACACAGCUUGCUUAACUCAGUCUAAUCCCCCUUUCUUGACUAUGGGAACCUCUCUAGGAGUACACUGGUUAAGGUAAAUGGUUUUGGUUACUUGCUCUAAUUUUAAAACUCCAUCUUCCCUCAUAUGAUGGUGUGAGAUAA